AGGAGGAGGCGGUGUGAGGCAACUAUGGCGGGAGGAAUCAAAGUGGUGGUGUCGCCGGCAGUUAGUUCCGGGUUCUGGGGCUGGGGAGCCCGUGGCAGUGGGAUAAUGAGGCUGCUCUUGGUCCUCUUCGGCUGCUUGUUCUGCGGCUCAGAUGGAAUUGAUGGAAAUGUGAUCAUGCUUCAGGAAUCCCAAGUUUGUGAUAUGAAUACCAGCACACAAUUCUGUUAUAAAAAUGUGCUUAUCCCAAAGUGGCAUGAUAUAUGGACCCGGAUACAGAUCCGGGUAAAUAGUUCCAAAUUGGUUCGAGUCACCCAGGUGGACAAUGAGGAGAAACUGAAGGAGCUAGAGCAGUUUAGUAUCUGGAACUUUGUUUCCUCCUUUUUAAAAGAGAAAUUGAAUGACACCUAUGUUAACGUGGGUCUGUACAGCACAAAAACCUGCCUCAAAGUUGAGAUUAUAGAGGACACCAAGUACAGUGUCAUUGUGACCCGGAGAUUUGACCCCAAGCUCUUCCUCAUUUUCUUCCUUGGACUUGUACUGUUUUUUUGUGGAGACUUGUUGAGCAGGAGUCAGGUUUUCUACUAUUCCACUGGGAUGAGUGUGGGAGUUGUGGCCUCUCUCCUAAUCAUCAUUUUUAUACUAUCCAAGUUUAUGCCAAAGAAAACUCCCAUUUAUGUCAUCCUGGUGGGAGGCUGGUCCUUUUCUCUGUACCUCAUUCAGCUAGUUUUUAAGAACUUACAAGAGAUCUGGAAGAGUUACUGGCAAUAUCUUUUAAGCUACAUCCUCACAGUUGGAUUCAUGAGUUUUGCAGUAUGUUACAAAUAUGGUCCCUUGGAGAAUGAACGAAGUAUCAACUUGCUGACUUGGACCUUGCAGCUGAUGGGCCUGGGUUUCAUGUAUUCUGGCAUCCAGAUACCGCACGUUGCCCUUGGCAUUAUCAUCAUUGCACUGUGUACUAAGAAUCUGGAGUAUCCUAUUCAGUGGCUGUACAUCACCUACAGAAAGAUGUAUAAGGCAAGAGAAAAUCCUGUCCCCCCUCGUCUUCUGACAGAAGAAGAGUAUCGGAUACAAGGAGAGGUAGAGACCCAAAAGGCUUUAGAAGAGCUCCGAACAUUCUGUAACAGUCCAGACUGCUCACCUUGGAAGACCAUUUCUCGGAUCCAGUUUCCAAAAAGAUUUGCUGAUUUUGUGGAAGGCUCUUUCCACCUCACACCAAAUGAAGUUUCUGUCCAUGAGCAGGAGUAUGGAUUAGGGAGCAUUAUUGCCCUGGAUGAGGAAGCAUUCUCUGAGGAGGAAGAUUCGGAUUCUCCAUGCCCCUCUGCCACACAAAACAACUUCCUCACUUAGAGAGUAGUCUUUUAUUUUCAUGUAGGCUUGGUGCCUUGGUGGUCCAUGUUGUAAGUGCUGUGCAGUUCUUCUAGGCCUUUGUAGCAGGCUGAGGGAUAAUGCAGAGUUUCUCUCACUGAAAUGAGAGGCUUGAAAGAUCUCCCUCUGGGAGUGGUCUUGGUGGCCUCUGUGGGAUCCCUGAGGAAGAAGAAUGGGAAAAGCAGUGAAUGUUGCCGUAGUUCACUUCCCACUGGUUAAGCUAUCAGCCCAUUUUUCUGUUCCCAAGAAAUUGGAUGUCCACAGCCAGCAUGGCAUUCUAGCUCCUCAUGAAAGUUGGUUCAGUCAUGACCUUUCUGUCACCAUGGCUGGAACUACAAAGUGAGAAUUGUUGUAAGUGCAGUAAUGCUUUCAGGCCAUAACCUGCAUCUGCCAAAGAGAAACCCACAAAUCUGAGCCUCCUUUACUUCUGCUUUUAUUUCAGUGACUUUAGAAUAAUCUCUUAUUUAACUGCCUUUGGGAAGAGUUGACUUCUGUCUUGUUUUUUUAAACAAAUAUAUUUUUAAAGACAACAAACUCAUAUUCCAAAAGAAGCAGGUGCUCCAGAGUGACAAGGCCUAUUGGCCCUUAGAUAUUUAUUAAUAUAGAUUAUUCAUUAAAGCCCCAGGAGGUAUUAUGUUGAGCUUUGAAUUAGUUCUCACAUGUAUAUUCUGAGUCCUACUUGCUUUGAGGAAAUUUACCUGUAGGCUGUUCUGCAUGUGAAGUCUCUUGGGCUUUUUAUUAUAUUCCACCUUUAAUUCUUUUUUGGUACCAGGGAUUGAACUCAGUACCUUGCGCUUGCAAGGCAGGUGACGGAACCACUGGGCUUAGUCCCUGGCCACAUUUAAUUGUAUCUUAAAAAUACAUUUGCAUUUUUCUCUUCCUAUUCUUCCUUGCUCUCCUUUUUCCUUUCAGGAAAGGUUUAUUCCGUCACCUGUGGGGUGUGUAAAAUUCAGAGUAUGUCUCAUUUCUUAUCCCCCAUCCCUUCUGUUGGCCAGAAGUGCUCCUUUUUACCCCAUUUUUUCUUGUCACUGGGUCACAUGUCUUUGAGUUACUGUGGAAGAAACUACCCUUUUGUCUGCCUUGCUUUAUGUACUCUUCUAUUCUUUCAGCCUUCUUGACCACCUACACUCCCCCAAAUCUGGCUAAUUUGUAAGCCUGAAACCAUGUAUGAAGUUUCUUGGUACAUAUUUGUAGCUUGUAGCUACCCCAAUUUGCGUUGCCAGGAAAUAGACCUCUAGGUUAUCUUCAUGCCUCUGGAUGCUCACUCAGCCAUCAGUAUCAGACAUAUUUUUUUACGAAUUUAUUAUUAUUUUCAAUUCCAUUUCUGACCAGAGAUUUACGUUGUCUUAGAGUGGCCUUAGUUUUACAUUCUUUUACCUUUGUAAAGUACUCUUACAGGCCAGCAAUAACAUUUAUGAGGGAGCAGAUUCCCAAGUAUCUGUCAUUUGCUUGGUUCUUUCUCUAUAGUUUUUCACCCUUGUACUUUGGGGAAAGCUAUUAUUCCUUUAGCCAGGAAGGUAGAUAUUCAUGGCAGGUGCAUAGCAUUGGACUUUCUGACUUACCGUAAUCAUAGAGAAGGAAGAUGAAUUUUUAAAAAGCUGUUAUAACUCAUUCAGACCAGCCACUUAGCAUGUAAUUUUGAAAGAUCCUGGGCUCUGAUGCUGACUUCUGAAAUGUCAGCUCUGAGACUCCCAACCAGGUGGCUGGCUGAUUAUUUCCACCAUUGUUCCCCCAUAGCCUUUAACUGUUCUAAAGUGACAACUACCUCAAUUGGCAGAAAGGGAGUAGAAAGAGAAAGAUGAAUAGUAUUUGAUAGAUACUGUAGGUUAAAGUUGCAGAAUACAAAGAACUCUAUAUUGGGAAGCCUUUAUCCCUUUGUGAAUUAUGUGCAUGUUAAAAUUUUGUCCUUCUACAAAGAACUAUUAAAACAUCUGAGGGACUGGAGUUAUAGCUCAGUGGUAUUGCACUUGCUUAAAAUGCACAAGGCCUUGGGUUUAAACCCCAGCCCAUAACUCCUCCUCCCCCCAAUCCUGUGACAUUAUUUUAGACGCUUUUUGAUGUUAUUUUAGAAAUUUGAGACUUAGCAUUUUUCAGUAUAAAUUAAUUUGGAAAAAUAAUUUAACUGUACAAAAGUCUCACUAUCUCUGGAGACAUUGGUGCCUUCCCCCAAAUGUCUUAGGGAAGUGGUAGCUUGCCUCCAGAGUGACAUUUCCUGGUUCAUGUCUUUAUUUCAGUAAGAAGCCAUUGUGACGUUGAGAAAUAUUCUCCUUUUCUGUGUAGUAAAUUCUUUGUGAAAUACAGUUUCUAGACUAGUUUUUUUUUUUUUUUCUUCACUGUGUUGAAUUUGGGGUGAGUAAAAUCAAAUUCAUUUUAUUACUUCCUGUCUGGUAAUUGGAGAACAGCUUCAGGUGGUGGAGAUGACAAUUCCUGCUGCAACAUGAGCAUUGCUCUCAGACAGUGAAGGACAGUGCCUGCUCAGUGUGCUCUGUCCUUUUCCAGCCUGCCUGUGUGGCUCUGCCCAGAUGUUUCAGUGUGCCCGGAGAUUGCUUGACUCUGUAAACCUUUAGGAGCUGCUCUUGUCUCCCUCUUGGCCACUUAAGUCUGCUGGCUCAGUCACUACUUGAAGCCCCUAUUUAAUUUUCCCUGGCAGUUAUAGCUAUUGCAAUUUCAGCAUAGUCUCGUUUCAGACUGAUCUCAUCAGGAAGGAUUGAAGGGAUAACUGGGGGGUGAGCUGGACAUUGGAGCCAUGUCUGCUGCCACGUCAGCGUCUUGCUAGACAAAUAUCAAGCCAUAAAUUGGCCUGAGAGCUUAGGAUCUCAUCAGCAUUGGAAAUCUAUUAUUUCUAAUUGGUCUGACCAAGUUGUGUAGAGCAUGCUUCCCAUUAAUGGGAGUAUAAGAGGCAACCGGCCUAAAAUAUUUUUCUUUCACUUUCCUACUCAGGUGGUUUUCAUGACAGGAACGGAACAUAAAGACCAAAACCAAAAAUACAUUUAACAACUUGGAUACCUUUUCUUUUUUGAUACUGGGGAUUGAACUUGGGUCCUUAUUUGAUACAUUUUAAUAAGAAAUUUCUGUCAGUUACUGCACCAUACCAAAACCAGUUCAUUUCUCUCCCCAAAUUUGUGCUUUUUUGUGUCUGUUACAAAGGGAAUUUUACUGAUAGUAGCACUUUGGAUCCCACUGUUCCUUUUAUAAUAAUGCAUCCCAUUCCAGCACCCAGGCCCUUUUCUUCAUCAGUUGUGUCCCUUUAACCCAGUCCUUAGUUGGCAUUAGGAUGGAGAUUUUUUUUUUUUUUUUUUUU